AUGCUGCUGGCCCUCCUGGUCGGGCUGCCCAGCUGCGUGCUCGCCACGACGACGGCAAAGAAAAUCACCAUCACGGAUCGGGGCGAUGUGUGCAACUCGUCUCCCACGCUAUUUUCCAUACAUUUUCCUCAAUGUCCGGUCCAAAGGGACAGGCUCAUUCAGCAUGCCUUGCCAUGCGCGUUGCCUCCCCGUGCCGGCCUCUGCCCGACAAAGUGCUUGACCGCUCACGAGGCAGAUAAGCUCUACUGCACCUACACGUCGAGAACGUUUGCCGCAGGGCGAGGCAUAUCCAUCAUCACGAGCCCGCAAAACAUGGAGACGUUUCGGAACGUACCGGCCUUUGCCGACGCCGAAGUGCCGGCCUGGGCAAACCAAAACUCGUCGCUGCCUUGCCGCGAGGUCGAGAUUCCCGGCAAGGGCCGGGGCUUGGUGGCGAGCAAGAUGCUCCAUCGUGGCGAUCGGAUACUGGCUAGCACCCCUCUCGUACUGCUGCAUCUCCGUUCCCGGCAACCUCUGGACGGCCCCAAUUUCCUGGAGCUGAAGAAGGCGGCCGUCGACGGACUGCCGUCGAGAACGAAGAAACUGUUCUGGGACCUCGGCAAGUCCUUUGCCGCGGCCCUUUGCCAGUGUCACGACGGACACGCCACGGCUGACCUCGCGAAGCGCAUCAACCACGACUGUCGGCCGAACGCGGCGUACUUCUUCGACCCGGAAACAUUCACGCACCACGUGCACGCGCUGACAACCAUCCCGACGGGCACCGAAAUCACCGUCUCGUACAUCGACCCGUCCAUGCUCCGCCGCCGCCGCCGCGACGAGCUGUUUUCGACCUGGGGCUUCCGCUGCUCCUGCAGCUCCUGCACGGCGCAUCCGGCCCUGACGACGGAGUCCGACGACCGCCUCGAAGAGUUGGCGUCUCUGCAGGAGCAGCUCGAGGAAGAGUGGCCCACGGCUCCGCCCGAGAUGGCGGAGACGCUCAUCAGCCUCCACGAGCAGGAGCGCCUGCACGGGCCCAUCAGCUGGGCCUACCAACUGGCGGCCCUGACGCACUGCGCCAACGGAAACUACUGGACCACGAAAAAGUACGCGCGGCUGGCCAUCGAGGUGGGAACGCUGGACGUCGGAUUCGGAAUCCAAGAGGACGACCAGCUGAGGGUCUUGGCCGAGAGGCCGAAGCAGGAGGCCUGCUGGCAGCGGCGGAUGCUGGUUGACUAA